AUGGCCUUUGGCGCGGGCCGCUUCUGGGGAGAUGACGGUGCAGGCACAGGUGCAUUGGAGGACUGGGAUCCAUGGCCCCUGCAGAAGCUCUGGAGACAGGGCGCGGAGCUCGAGCAACACGAGGAGCAGCAGGACCAUGAGGAUCCUCAAGAUGCUGUGGAAGACCUCCACGAAGAGCAGGUGAAGGACCAGAGGCACGCGGUGGUUCAGCAGGAGGAUCAGGUGGACGCCCCGCCUCCGGCCGCCCGCCGGGCACGCAUCGACCCCUCGGCGGUGCGGCGGAUGGUCUCGUCGCACAUGGCGCGGGACCGCGAGCCGCUGGAGCCGGUGGAGCCGGAGGGAGGACAGGGAGGCAACCUUUGGGCCAAUUGGCUUCCAGGCCGCGCUGCUUACGACCCGCAAAACGAGCCUUGGGACGCGCGGGCGCGCCCGGCAGCACGACCAGAGCGGCUGUGGGAGGUGCCAGCCUAUCCCGGCAAUUCAAGGCCGCCUCACCUUCGACCUCGGCCAAGCGCUCCAACCGAGGGGCGCGUGCGGCUCAGCAAAGAGCUCUCAGAGAGCUGGACGACGCGCGAAGUGCUGCGAGCCAGCGAGAAGCAGUUAGAGGAGUUUGACCUGGUGCAUGCGGUGGUGGCCCUUCACCGCAUCGCCAAAAGCACCGACUACCGUGAACUUCAGGAUGAUGCGCGCCGACGUUCCGGCGGUCGACGUUCCGGCGCGGACGCUUCAGAGCUUCGGGGACAGCUGGCGGCGUUGGCGGCCAAGGCGGCUGAGGAGGUGCAGCCGGGCGGAGAUGGAGAACUCCCACAUGUGAAGGAAGUCUCAAAAGCUUUGUGGGCGCUGGCGAAGGUGGGCCCCUGGUCUGACACCAUGGAGGGCUAUGCGCCACGGUCCUGGGACCAGGAUUGGGGUCGUGGCUGGACCUCAGUGCACCGGAGCUUGAAGGUGCUUGGCCACUCCGCUUUGGAUCGACUGCAUGAACUGGACAGCCAUGGUUUGUCCAACGUGGCCUGGAGCUUUGCCAUCGCCCGGCCCGUGCCGGGUGCCUCCGCGGCGCAGAAGGUGGCGGAGAUGGCGCUGCGGAUUUUCCCGGACUUCCAAGCACAAGGUUUGGCAAACACGGCUUGGGCCAUGGCACGGCUCUUGGCAGAUCCAGAGGGCUCAAGUGAGCGACGGCUUUUGGAUUGCAUUGCACAAGAGGUGGCCAAGAAUGCCCGUGAUUUCACCCCACAAGGCUUGGCCAAUAUCGGCUGGGCCUUCGCGACCCUGGUGUGGAUCCCAAAAGGGGUGGUAUUUUUGGGAGGUCCAUGGAGGUCCACAAGCCCUCCAGAUCAGAAAGGUUGGCAGACGCUUUUGCAAGAACCGAUGCUGAGCCUGGAGGAUGAUUUGUCCUUGAUGCUGGAACAGCAGCAAAGUGCCUUGAGAGCUGCCAUGCGUGCCCACCAGAAGAGCAUGUUGAAAUUGCUCGGCUCGCUGAGGAAUAAUGGCAACAUCUCACCUGAGAGUCAGGGCUCCUCCGAAUCGUUGCUCUCACACGAUGCCAGCGCACAGAUUCUGGAACUUCGAGAGGCGGACCUCAUCCCGAAACCACGGCAGCUGGCCAUUCAGCCCAAGGAGUAUAGAAGUUGCUUGGACUCACCGCUGGGCACCGCCGUCGCGGGGCAUCAACCCAUCCUCUCGGAGAGCUUGGAGGUGGAACUUCCACCAUCGCCACAUCCGGAGGCGGACUCCCAACUCGCCAGCGUGGCCGCCUCGCAGGAUGCCGCGGACGUCACCACCAGGAGUCACAAGAGCCACCACAGCACCAGGCCGAAGACGGAUUCGGAAGUCAUCGACAACUGGGCGGCCGCAGAGAUGUUGCAACUCACCGGGGAGGACAAGAUGAUGGGCAAGUUCGAUACCCUCAUUGGCAUUUUUGUGCUUCUGAAUGCUUUCACGAUGGCCUUGAACUUGGAAUGCCUGGGAAGUGAAUCAGCAAUGUCCGUGGGCUUGAAGCAAGAUCCCACCUGGUGUUCCUUCAGACCUGCAUUGCAGGUUUUGGAGCACUUCUUCGUCGUGAUCUUCGCUUUGGAGCUCUUCUACCGAAUCUAUCGCGUGCGCUGGGAGUACUUCCGUGAUCCCUGGAAUCUCAUGGAUGCGGGCUUGGUCCUAAUUGCAGUGGCGGAUCUCUACGUUUUAGAGCCGAUCUUCAAGAAUACUCCCACCAGCAACGCGGUGGCCUUCCGGGUCUUUCGUGUCAUCAAGCUCGCACGCGUGAUCCGGAUCGUCCGGGCCCUACGGCUCUUCCGAGGCCUACGGGUGUUGGUCCACGCAUGCUGUUCUUUUCUGCCAUCACUGAGUUGGUCUAUGGCCCUCCUGAGCUUGUGCAUGCUCUCAGGAGGUCUUCUCAUGGGAAAUCUGCUGCAGGAUUUCAUCAAUGACGAGGAAGCGGACAUCGACCAUCGCACAUGGAUUUGGAUGCACUACGGCACCUCCUACCGGGCCAUUUACACCAUGUAUGAGAUGACCUUUGCCGGUAACUGGCCCAUCUACGCGCGCCCGGUGAUCGAGAACGUGAGCCACGUCUUCGUGCUGUUUUACAUCACGUAUAUUACUUUCAUCGUCUUUGCUGUUAUUCGGGUGAUUACCGCAAUUUUCUUGCGUGAAACUCUAGAAGCAGCCAACAACGACGCAGAACUUAUGGUUCAGGAGGGGCUUCGGCGAAAGGCGACCUAUAUCCACAAGCUGGAAAGCAUCUUCAACGCGGUGGAUGAAAGCCAGGAUGGCUUGCUCAGCGAAGAAGAGCUGAAUGAACUCUUCCGCGAUUCACGUGUCACGACCUAUCUGGAGACCUUGGAUAUUGAUGUGCAACAAUCGGAAGCUCUUUUCCACUUGUUGGCCAAUGGUCAUGGAGAAAUCACGUGUGCGGAUUUCAUCGACGGCAUCUUGCGGUGCAAAGGCCCUGCCAGAGCUAUCGAUCAGAUUUUGAUGCAGAAGGAUGUGCGCCAUCUCGCGCACCAAGUCAAGUACUUGACCGACGCCUUAGAGAAUGAGAAGAUUAUUCCGAAGAGGAACACUCGAGCGAAGAAGGGCAAGGCUCUUCGCAGCCGCAGAUCCUUCAUUGCUGACGAGCUCCUGUUUUUGGGCCAAUCCGGUCGGACGGACAAUCAACGCUACACCUCCUGA